GUCUACACGACGCUCUCUGACAUGGGGCAGAUCGAAGAUUUUUCAAAGAUGAUGGAGGACGUUGAGGCGUGUUUAAAACCUGGCGGCAUCGUUUUCUUCAUCGACGGAGACCAAAGAUUCUAUGAAGAGAACGCGAUCGGUCCCAUCCCUAUUGGCGUUGACCCAGAGGAAGGUGGAGACCCCACGAAGGGUUCCUGGUUGUUUAGAAUCGGACGAGGUGAGGCAUACACUAGUCAUGUCUUUCUAUACCCCGUACUGACCUUGCCAAUUGCAGAGGUUCGAUUCGCGGCAAUGUACAUGGGUGCCGAUGUGCCUGGUCUUGAAAACUGUAUCGAUGAAGGGCACAUGUGGGAUCACUCCUUGAUCGAUCCCAGUACCAUCCGUGUCGCCCAUGUUUUCACUCCAAUAGGACCAUGGGCAACUUCAUCAAAGGCUGCUUUAUGCGGGUUCACUCAUCCGCCAAGACUAUGGGAAAGCAGGGAUUCCUCAAGGAAAAUUGACACAAUGGUCGGCGUGGGCAGACGAAGAACUGGAGCAACUCCGAUUCCGGAUGUAUUUGCAUUGGAGAUUGCACUGGGGCAGGAGGCGCCUAGAGAAUGGCCAAGCUUUCAGCAAUCCAGCCCCUUCGACAACUACGCCUUUACCCAACAUCAGAAUAUCUCGGACUGGUAUGAUGAGAAGAGAUGUCAAUACUGUACAGAUUUACUCUACAAGGGAAGAAGCUCUCGAAGCUCUGCACGCCCGAAGAAAAAAGGCAAGAGGAGCAUGAAGGAGGGGGGUCCUACCAGACCCCCUUGUGGCCCACAGGGAUAUCCGGACCAUUUCAUGAAUCGGUCAACUUUCACCUGCGACCCUUUCGUCUUCGAAAUACACAUUACGGCCUGCGCCAUAAAAUUGUCGGCAAACUCUUUUUGGACCAGCUCAUUCCUCCAUCAUGCAAAUUUCAACGAUCGUCAUGGAAAGAAGUUCCGACUGAACUCUCAAGCAGCCCGGGCCGCUCAUAAGCGCUUUUACAGGCGCAUCAACUGGACAUUUCAAGGGUAA